UCGCUGCAGCCCCGAUCAUUGCCUUCGGAGGACCACGAAGACGAUGUCGAAAAUCCUUCGGAAAGUGCCAGUCUUCAAGGUGGAGACGAGAUCGAUUCGGAUACGGAUACAGGUACGACUGGUCGUCCAUAUGAGCUCCUCCUGUCACGAGACCGCGAUGCAGAGGAUGCAGACGGCUUGGCGUUGAAUCGCAGCAGCAGAGAUAUGUUUGAACUCGAAGUGCUCGGUUUCAAUCCGGCGCACCACUACAACACAUCGCUUGGUACGCUUAGCCAACAAUUCAUCCAGCAACUGCAUCUCGGGGACAACGACAACGGAGCAAGUACGAGG